AUGGUGAAUGGUGGGUGUGGGAUAAUGGUGAACGGUGGGUGUGGGAUAACUGUGAAUGGUGGGUGUGGGAUAAUGGUAAAAGGUGGGUUUGGAAUAACUGUGAAAGGUGGGUAUGGGAUAACAGAGAAUGGUGGGUGUGGGAUAAUGGUGAACGGUGGGUGUGGUAUAACUGUGAAAGGUGGGUGUGGGAUAACAGAGGACGGUGGGUGUGGGAUAAUGCUGAAAGGUGCAUGUGGGGUAACUGUGAAAGGUAGGUGUGGGAUAACUUUGAACGGUGGUUGUGUGAUAACGGUGAAAGGUGGGUGUGAGAUAACGGUGAAAGGUGGGUGUGAGAUAACGGUGAAAGGUGGGUGUGAGAUAACGGUGAAAGGUGGGUGUGAGAUAACUGUGAAAGGUGGGUGUGGUUUAACUGUGAAAGGUGGGUGUGGAAUAACGGUGAAAGGUGGGUGUGGGAUAACAGUGAAAAGUAGGUGUGAGAUAAUGGUGAAAGGUAGGUGUGAGAUAAUGGUGAAAGGUGGGUGUGGGAUAACUGUGAAAGGUAGGUGUGGGAUAACUGUGAAAGGUGGGUGUGGGAUAAUGGUGAAUGGUGGGUAUGGGAUAACUGUGAAAGGUCGGUGUGGGAUAACGGUGAAAGGUGGGUGUGGAAUAACAGUGAACGGUGGGUGUGGGAUAACAGUGAAUGGUGGGUGUGGGAUAACAGUGAAUGGUGGGUGUGGGAUAACAGUGAAUGGUGGGUGUGGGAUAACUGUCAAUGGUGGGUGUGGGAUAACUGUGAAAGGUGGGUGUGGGAUAAUGGUGAAAGGUGGAUGUGAGAUAAUGGUGAAAGGUGGAUGUGAGAUAAUGGUGAAUGGUGGACGUGAGAUAAUGGUGAAAGGUGGGUGUGAGAUAAUGGUGAAAGGUGGGUGUGGGAUAAAGGUGAAAGGUGGAUGUGAGAUAACGGUGAAAGGUGGAUGUGAGAUAACGGUGAAUUGUGGAUGUGAAAUAAUGGUGAAAGGUGGAUGUGAGAUAACUGUGAAUGGUGGGUGUGGGAUAACUGUGAAAGGUGGGUGUAGGAUAACUGUGAAAGGUGGAUGUGAGAUAACUGUGAAAGGUGGGUGUGGGAUAACUGUGAAUGGUGUCCGGGUCGUUUUAGAGGUGAAUUAA